GUGUACGUGGACAGCGAGCUGGUGACGACCAUCAGCGAGGGCGGCAGUUUCGGCGAGCUGGCACUCAUCUACGGCACGCCUCGGGCGGCCACCGUGCGCGCGCGCACAGACGUGAAGCUGUGGGCCAUCGACCGCGACACGUACCGGCGGAUCCUCAUGGGCUCCACCAUCCGCAAGCGCAAGAUGUACGACGAAUUCCUCAGCAAGGUCUCCAUUCUUGAAAACCUGGACAAGUGGGAGCGGCUGACGGUGGCCGACAGCCUGGAGCCGGUCUCCUUCGACGACGGCAAGGCGAUCGUGCGGCAGGGCGAGCCGGGCGACGACUUCUUCAUCAUCGUGGAGGGCACGGCGGCCGUGCUGCAGCAGCGCUCCGAGGGCGAGCCGCCCGUCGAGGUCGGCCAGCUCGUCGCCAGCGACUACUUCGGAGAGAUUGCGUUGAUGCUGGACCGGCCCCGCGCCGCCACCGUGGUGGCCCGCGGCGCCCUCAAGUGUGUGCGACUCGACAGGGCCAGGUUCGAGCGCGUGCUGGGACCCUGCUCCGACAUUCUGAAGCGCAACAUCACCCAGUACAACAGCUUCGUCUCCCUGACAGUAUAGGCGGCCGUCCGUGGCGGGAGCAUCGCCGACCGGACCGGACCGGACCGGACCGGCGCGGACCGGCGCGGCGCGCGGCGCCAACCGGGUCCGUGCUGUGUGGACGUGCCGCGCGGAGGCACAGCGCGCGCGCGCGCGCGAGUGGCGCGAGCGACUGUGGACAGCCGGGGCCCGAGCAGGCGGGCGGGCGUGGAGCGCGAGUGCCGCCCCAGAGCCGUCCGGCGCCGACCGCCGCGCCUGCGCAGGGCGACGCCGCCCCGCCAUCUGGCAGCACCCGGAGGAAGAUCUGGCAGCGGCGACGGCGCGCCCGCUGGCCGGAGCGCAGGCCGCCGCCUUACGGUCCGCCUCGGCCCACCAUUUGUACCUAGAUAGAGACUAAUAUUUAUUUACACAGAUGUACGGCGCCCCCGCGCGCGGCGGCCGCGUUUCCGUUGGCUUCGUUCGUCUCGUUCGGCGCGCGCGCGAGAGAGCGCGGCAGUGUAGUGUUUUCUGGUCUGGGCUGGUCCUGUCCCCGGUUGUCUGUAGCAGGGCCGGCCGUCGCGGCCGGCCGCAUGCGAGCGUGGCGUGUGGCUCGGAGUCGUGUUAUCACUUCGUGUUUCAUUUAGAUUAAAGCCGCUUCAUUCCGUG